AUGCAAGAUAUGGAUAAAGAAAAUGAAGAAAAUAAUGCUGUAGAAGAAGAUGAAGCGAAUUUUGAUAAAGGAAAAAAUGAAGAAGAAAGCGACGACACCGAGGAAGAAAUGGAAAUUGAGUGCCUUAUGGACGACGAAUUUCGCACACUGAGACGGCACAAGGACAGCACUCGUGCUUUCCACACGUGCCGUCACUGUGCCGUCCUGGGAGCGGGGCAGGAAUUAGUCACAGUGCAACCACGCAUGUCCCACGCAUGUCAUCACACAUUGCGCUCACAGCGUGCUAGCACACCCCCGAUAACAAUUUGUUGGCAGAAUGGCGACAUUGUGCUCAGCACGAAUGGGCCAUGCGAGACGUCCAGGUGCCGCGGCUCCGGGACCAGUAAAUGGCGUCAUUGUGACCAGCACGAAGUCAGCACGCGCGCUGCAUAUAUGCCGUCAUGA